GCCCUUGUGAAAGUGCUGACUGUGAGAACAAAACCAGAGUAUUGUGUCUGAAUAAAGCUGCCAAAGAACAAUAGCAGACACUGUACAGAAGAGGCUGAGGCAGUUCUGACAAGGAGGUUUAGUGAGUGAGGACAGAGUGGGUGAUGACAGACCAGGACGCACAGAUGACUGGAACAACAUGAACAGAUUAGGGAUGUGGUCUGGUGUAAUUUUCUGAGAGGCAUAAUGUCACAGGGCAGAGGAAUCUGGGAAGGAAGUGGGAAGCAGGUGCACCACUUUGUCGUUACUUACCUCCUCCUCAUGGCUUUACCAUGCAUGGGCUUCCUUCCCAACUUUUGGUCUGCAGUGUUAACCCUUUCAUGGGACUCACACACACACCAGCACAUUACAGAGCAGGCCAUCCUCAAUGUCACCCUGGAGACUCUGAGGGGCACCAACAAACACCAGGGAAACCAAGCAGAGGAACAGACUAGACUAGGCCGUGCAUUCUGGAGAGCUGUGGGAGAGGUGGUGAUCUCCAAUGCGGCCAUGGACUUCCUGAGCUCCACCAGGUCUGACCCAGUCUAUCACUUUUAUUCAGAGCGUGUUGACAGCGCCAUGGCAAUGUUACGCCAGUUCUGGACUGAGGCUGUGCUCUCCAUACGAGCCAAAGAAUACCAAAGUGCUCGCAAGAGCUUGGGUCAGCUAUUCCAUUCUCUGCAGGAUUUCUACAGCCAUAGUAACUGGGUAGAGAUGGGCCAACUUUCCAUUUACCACCACCUGCUGCAGCCAGAGGAGCCUGCCAUCCCUGUAGCUAAAGUGCAGCAGCCAGAGCUGGAUCCAGCAGCCAGGAGCCAGAGGCCUUCUGGAGGGAGAUCAGCUGCAGCAGAGGGUCUUUAGGAGGCUGCUGGGGCACAGUGGCUUUCUCCUCUGGAGCACACACCAGGUCAGAGGAAAAGAAAAUUUAAAGAAUGAUACAAAAAUCCCUCUGUUAUUUUCAAUAAUUUCACGCUAAUGUAUCAAUUUCAGAUUUAAAGGUAUGUGUCCAGCAAUCAAAAUGUAUUGAAAGGGCUUGGUACUGACAGGUGACAUUAAGUUAAAUGACUGUUUGGUUCAUUCUGCUGCUUUACCAGUUCAACUAUUUCUGGAUGACAUACAAAUGGCCACAUAACCACUAACUCCUACUAAGUCACCCAUGUGUCUGCUACUCAAACUGGGAAGCACUGAUGUGGACUGUAAUCUGAGGUGCUGAUAACUGAUGAUUUCUGAACUCAACCUCUGCAGCAGAGGGAACUCUUGGUCUUCCUUUCCUGGACGGUCCUUAUGUGAACAGUUACAUCACAGCAUUUGACCGACCUUCAUGUCCUGAAGUAUUGAUGAACUGUUGUUUCUCUUUACUUAGCAGAGUGCUUCUUGUUAUGAGAUCGAUUACUGCAGCACUUGAACUGCACACCUCAAAGUGUGCAAAGCUGUCAUUAGGUAAACCAUGGCUACUCUGAGGAGAUUCAAAACAUGUUUUGGGUUGUUGACACUUUCUUCACUACAGUACAUAUCGUCCACCGGAUACUGACAUUAACAACUUUAACAAUUACAUGGCAAGUACCCUGGACCAUAUAACUAAAGAAGGCAAAAUGUGCUAUAGCCUUGGCGAAUAUAAUAUCAACCUAUUCAAAAGCGAAACACACUCCCUAACCCAAGACUUCCUAAAUAAUCUGUACUCUAAUUAUCUUUACUCCAUCAUUCAUAAACCCACUAGAGCGACUGACAGAUCCACUAC